CAGGUAUAUCCAGCAGAUGGCAGCAGAGGGACACAUAGGACGCAAACCUAGUGUGUGUCUGUAACGGUGCCUGAUCAAAAUCCAUCAGUGAUCCAUGGUUUGCGGGGACAUACCUUUCGUCGUCAAUACCUCGGUGGAUGGAGACAGAAUUGUACCCAGUUGCAAUCUGAGUUGAUCGGCUUGGUUCGUGUGAAACAAGCCUCUGGUUUUUUUUUCUGACUGCGGGGACACUAUGGAGGAAGUGGAUUAUGUUGAUCAGCACAGAUCUGAAAGUCGACCUUUAGAUGAAGUGCAGAUGAAACAGCUCGGUGUCCAUCUGCCGCAGGAAGUUGGUGAAAAUCAAACAGCUGGUAAGAAGAAGCUCUGCGAAGUGUUCCCAGUUCUUCGGAUGCUGGACGUUAAAAAAGAGGUUCUCCAUGCCUCGAGCUCCAGUUCCCAGAAGCAGCAUCCAGAGGCCUUCCACAUAAAGGAGGAGGAGGAGGAAGUCUGGACCAAUCAGGAGGAAGAACGGCCUAAUGAGCAGAAAGAGACUAAUAUCAGCAGGUUCCCUUUAACUGUUGCUACAGUGAAGAAUGAAGGUUACGAAGAGAAACCUCAGUUAUUAGAGCUUCAUCAGAUCAAAACUGAAGAAAGCAGAGAGACUGAAGCUCCAAUCAGCAGCUCAGCUCAACAGAUAAAAACAGAACUCCAUAGCGAGGAUGGUGUAAGAACAGAACCAGAUAGGAUCCUGUAUCCAAAUAAAAAUGCUUCAGACACUUCUGAGACAGAAGCCAGUGAUGAUAAUAAUGAUGAGGACUGGCAGGGACCUUUGUCAGAUUCUGAGUCUGAAACUAAAAUGAGUCACAAUUGUGAGAAUGCCCUCAGUGUAUCUCAGUCAAAUGUAAAUGGUGAAGAGAAAUAUAACUCUGUCGUGGCAGGAGAUGAAGGCGAAAAAGUGUUUGCGUGCAAUACAUGUGAUAAAAGAUUUAAAAAGCGGGACAAUCUUACGGAUCAUGCUAGGAUCCACACCGGCGAGAAGCCAUUUGGCUGUGAUGUUUGUGAGAAAAGAUUCAGGCGGAAGGACUGUUUGCGAAAACACAAGAUGAUUCACAGCGGGAAAACGGCGCACAGCUGUGAUUUCUGUGGGAAAGGGUUUAUAGAAAAGACGGAUCUUCAGGCGCAUAUAAGACUCCAUACCGGAGAGCGACCUUUUGCAUGUGAUGAAUGUGGAAGAAGGUUUCACAAAAAGUCAAUCCUCACAGUGCAUAUGAGAGUCCACUCUGGGGAGAAACAGUUCAAAUGCACCGUGUGCGAAAAAAGAUUCCGAUUUCAGCACAUUCUUAAAAAGCACAUGGUUGUUCACACCGGAGAGAAGCCGUUUGUUUGUGUCAUCUGUAGUAAAGGAUUUUCUCAACAAGAAACUCUGAAGAGACACACAGGUGUUCACACUGGGGAAAAGACAUUUGUUUGUAGCGACUGCGGUAAAGACUUUCAACAGAAGAUACACCUGAAAGAACACAUGAAGGUCCACACGGGGGAAAAGCCAUUUGGCUGUGACGUGUGCGGUAAGAAAUUCAAAAAGAAGUCGUAUGUUAAAACGCACAUGAUGUCUCACGGUGGAAAGAGAGCGCACAACUGUGAGCUGUGCGGGAAAGGCUUUUUAGUAAAGGGCGGUCUUCUGAAACACAUGAGGAUUCACAAUGGAGAAAGACCUUUCAGCUGCGAUGUUUGCAGCAAGAGCUUUCUGCAGAGGAUCCAUUUGAAGGCGCACAUGAGAGUUCACACAGGAGAGAAACCGUUUGGAUGUGAAAUCUGUGGUAAAAAGUUCACAAAGAAAUCCUAUGUUACAACACACAUGACGUCUCAUGCUUGACAGAUGACGAGAUUACUGUUGAUUUGCAGAUAUGCACCAAGCUUCACACAAUAGCAGGAUGUCUGCACAUCAUUAAAAAGUCUUAAAUUCAUGUAUCUAAAAUGAAGGCCUCAAAUUGUAUAAAAUUCUUUGAAAAACAGGAAGUUGGCCUUAAAUAUGUUAAUCACAGGUCUUAACUUUUCUUGGGUAAAGACUGUUUAAUCUCAUAUAUUCUAAGUAGUUUUCCUUUUUCUUGCGGGACUUUACUAUUAUGCUAAACUUUGAGUCUGUGAGUCACGGCGGUUGCCAGUAACUAGCUGCUAGUAUACCCUUGCUGUUAAGCAAGGAUAAAGGAAGCUAGCUUUCAUAUGUUCAUUAUGAGUAAGUGCAAAUGUUUGUCUUUGCCAUUAAUGCUCUUCAAUUGCCAAGUCAUACAGUUUAUUUAUUUGUACAUUUCUGUUGUAAUACUGGUCUUAAAUCCCAUUCAUAAUGGUCUUUAAAAAGUCUUAAAAGUCUUAAAUUUGAGUUGGUGUAACCUGGAGAAAUUCUGUAUAGGGUGAAGAACUGGCCUAUGCCAUACUGGAGGGUUUGGUACCUGAUAUUUGUAAUUAAAAAUGGACCUGAGGCAUACUGUAACUUUCUGGAACACAAAAUUUCUUAGCGAAAGAUACCCAAAAGGUCUUUAACCCCUUCAACACAUGCCUGUUUAGUGUAUCUGAACUGAACCUGAUGUUUGUACUAUAAAGCAAGCUGAGCAUAACUGUGCUUUCCCUUUGUAAACUGGCUACUAGAAAGGAGGUAAAAUAUCAAAAAUGCCAUUACUAAAACAGUAGUUUUUGUUUUUCAAAUAUAUUUGACAUGUUUGUGGUGCUUUUUGUUACUUAACCUGAUUAAACUAGU